AGUCUGUAUUUGUGUUGGCACUGUUGCCAUGUGCUGAGUAACAGUCGUAUUUACAAUUCAAAUUUCGCGGUCCGGUUUAGGUCAGUCUCAAAAUGUUGUGGUUGUGUUGGAUCGUAUUUUUGGUUGGUGUCCACAUAUCAAGUACCUCUCAGUGUGGAAAACUGUCAACACUGGCAUCUUUUGAAGACCACAAAACCAUAGUCGAAACAAGUUUGAAUCUUUUGGCAGGAUCAUGGAUAUCAGAAGGCUGUGAAAUUCGCCCAGGGCCGGAGUACAUCCUCCGCUCCUAUACCUUCGACGACACCGGCAAAUUCCAGCUGAUCCAGCACCACUACUGGGACGACUCGUGCACAUCGCCUCAGCUGAGCGUUAUCGCCCACGGCAGAAUCCAGCUCAGGGACUCGCUGGUGCAGCCCGGCGCAGCAAAUGCAGUGCUCAGGGUGGGCAACGUGACCGUGGUGCCACAGGACGACAGCGCUGCCAAGGAGCUGGACAGGGUGGUGGCGAUGGAGUGUCCAGGUCGCUAUUGGAAACCAUGGCGUCGCUACGAAGAACACACUAUAUACGACAGCCGCUACGACGAGAAGAGACGCUUCACCAAUCUGUGGGCCUCUUCCUACGACCAAAUCAACCAGCACCCUGGCAACCCCAAACUCGACAACCCCUACUUCAGCGACAUAACCUGUCUGGGAUCUCUGAAGUGGGCAUUCAACGAGCUGAAACUCCUCAAAAUUCAGCUGCGACCGAUUCUGGACGAUCUCAAAAGAAAGCCCAUGCCCAUGAAAAUGGAACUGUUGUUAGGAGACAUACACUCCAAUUUCAAGCUGAGGGAGUACUACAAUCCAACAAGUUUUCAGGUACCGCUAAUCAAACGAGUCAAAGACGACGUCGUCUUCAUCAACCGCCACUCUUUCCGCAUCAAAAACCCCAACACCAUCCCAGCCAGCAUCUUCACCACAGGCAGAGCCCCUCCGCACCUCAUAGAGAAGCCCCACCUGCCCCCCUACGUCUGGGGCGAAUGGACCUCCACCAGGUGCGAGGUGAGACCCAUGGGGCUCUACCUCACCAGGCGAUUCUCCUUUUUCUCCGAAGACUCUACUUGGAUAGGCGACCACAAGUUUUACUCCGAUCCUUUCUGCAAGAUACCGAAAUUCAUUGUGACAGCUGCUGGGCACUUCGCUUUGGUAGGACCCAACAAGGAGAUGAAGGGCACGACUGACAUAGACUUCCAUAUCGAGAGAGCUAGUCUGACGGUGUUAGACCAGAGGAUGAUCCACGACAUGAGGCUUCAAGGGCUCUGCGGGCUGGACCAAUGGAAAGUCAAUGUUCCUAAAGAAUUAAGCUCAACCAAUGGUUGUGCUCCGCUUGGCAUCAGCCUUCCUUCUGUUCUGAAAGACGUGGUGAAGCUGGAGAUGGACUACAGAGGUUCUUGUAUGUUGUUUUUGGGGCAAGUUGAUACUGACGGGUUGCCUUCCGCUUCUAACGAGAGGCCUUCGGCUUUCCAGCUGCCUCUUGUUAGGUGUGGAGAUGUUGCUACAUACUCGCAGAGUUUGAGGGAUAUUUUGAAUAAAGAUAUUUACCACAAUGGUGUGGCGAAAAGUAUGUUUUCUUUGUGUUCGAUCAUUUUAUUGAUGACGCUGAGUUUUUUCAGGUGAUACGCCUACUUAGAUUUUUGUAUGAAUUGUAAAUAUUGUAAAUUUUGUAUGUAGGAUAGCCAUGUUUCGGUUUCAGGGACAACAUAACCAGUGAUUUUAUGUAUAUAUGAAUGAGUUAUAUAUUAAGUUCUGUAUUAUGAUGUAUAUCUGUAACAAUUAAUGUAUAUGAUGAUAUUUUCAGACUAAAUGUACAUAUAAUUUUUAUCGAACAAGAAAGUUGUUUGUUCAUCUGUGUCAAAUUCAUUUUUAAAUUAUAUUCAAUGAGAAAAGCACGAAUUUUUACUUUGAAAACAUCAAAUGAGGAACAUAUAUGUUUCGGCCAUAUGCAAUGUCUUGUUGUCCCUAAUUUGAUGUUUUCAAAUUAAAAAGUCGUGGAGAUACUUUGUGCUUUUCUCAUUGAAUAUGAAACCUAUUACUCCACAAUGAACUUCUACCAAUCUUUUUAAAAUGUUAGGCUUGCAUACUCAAUGAAACAGGAAUUCAUUAUGACCUUUUAUUUCCAAAACAACUUGGAUUUAUAUUAUUUAUUCCAUCAGCCAUUUCAACCAUACGACUAUAGGUUUUAUGUGCAGAAUGUGCAAUAAUUUGUUUUAGAUUCAAUUUCUGUGGGAGGUGUUAUCAUUUUGUAGUGAUCCAUAAUGAUUUCAUCAUUUAGCUAUGAGUGCAACAUAUGAAUAUAUGGCCUUAUAGAUCUGCAACAAAUAUAGGAAUAUAUUUUCAAUCAACUAAUCACAUGCUCUUUCCUUUCAACAGUUUUGUUCAAUCUUACACUAUUACUUGAAGAAUAGCUAAUUUAUUUUGAGAAAAAAUCUGCAUGUCGGAAGAUAAAUAAUGUUCAUUUAAAGUAAUGAUUUCCUCUUUUAUACAAGGUGUUUGAAUGUAUUGUAUUGUCAAUACCUAUACAGGGUGUCCCGAAAUUAGCCUGCCAAACUCCACCAGCGGCUUUUACUACCAAAAAUAGAAAGAAAACUUUCAGUGAACAUGAGUCGAGUAUUGAGCUAUGGCCCCCCGAAAGGGGGCUCCUGAAGAUGAUAUUUCUUGAGUAUUUCCGAAACUCUAUGUGAUAAAAAGAUAUAAUUUGGUAAAAGAUCUAAACUUUCUAUGCCCAAUGCAGUGAAAAUAAAAUAAUUUCAAAAUAUCAAUCAGGAGUGUAUAAUACAGGGUGGGACUACAUUAUACAGGGUGUCCGCUAAAAGGAGGUCAAUCCAUCAACCACAUAUUCCUUGAACAAAAACAAUAUGAGUUUCUGAAUACCAUUUUUCAUUUUAGCCCUUCAUAUUCGAUAUACAGGGUGUCAAAGUUGGAAAUUAAAAACAGUUUUUUUCUAAUUACUCGCGUAUUUGAUAAGAUAUUGAUCUCAAAAUUGGUACAUUACUUCAGCACAAAGAGUUACAUCGUGUGAGGAAAACAUAACAGAAAAAAACAGUCAAAUAUUCAAAAUACUGGGGGUCAAGUACACACUUACCCCCA